GUAUAUAGUGGUUAGUGCAAAGCCCAUUCGUAUUUUUUUUUCGUUCCAUCCUGAAAGUUUAAGUGAACAGCGGGCCGUUUUUCUGGUCUGUCACUCAGCUCGACCCGAAAUUCUGAAGUGUAUUUCUUUGGCCGACAGAUUUCCGUCUUCUCUCAUACUCACUCUUCCUUUCGAAGCGGCAAAAAAUACGGGUGAAAAAAAAAUAGUCAAAAAAUUAACUAAGGACAACAACAAUUCGGCGGUUCGUUUUUUGCCAGUGUGUGUGCGGUGUGUGUGUGUGUGCGUAGUGCGAGAGUGUGUGGACCGGUGCUCCUGUUUUUGUUGUUGUGUUGCUGUUUCCAAGACACAAAACACGCAUACAAACGCAGGGUCGCAUGCAAGAGACUCGCACACAAUUGCGAAUAUUAAGUAAAAACAUAUACACAAAUAUAUGUGACAACAAACGCCAGGGAAAAACUAAAAAGCGGAGAAAAACAAUUGAGAAAUAAAAUCAGCAGCAGCAACAGCAGAAGCAGAACCAGCAGCAACAUGGAUCUAAUCAAUAAGUUUAGCAAUGCAUUCUGGAGUGAGCACAUUUGGCUGCCGCCGAACACAACUUGGGCGGAUAUUGCGCCCGGCUCGCGACAGGAUGUGGUGCACGCCAACUAUAAGGACCUCAUCUGGCCCAUUCCAUUCGCCGCUGUCGUCAUGCUGGUCCGCUACACGCUUGAGCGUUUUUGGAUAUCGCCAAUAGGCAAAUCACUGGGCAUACGUAGUUCUAGACCUAAGAAGGCGGCAAAUGUUCCUAUUUUGGAGACGGCCUAUGCCAAAUCGACGCGAUUGGACAACAAAUGGCUGGCUCCGCUGUCCAAGCAGACGGAUAUGAGCGAGCGCCAAAUUGAGCGCUGGUGGCGUUUACGAAGGGCCCAGGACAAGCCCUCGACGCUGGUGAAGUUCUGCGAGAAUACCUGGCGCUGUAUCUACUAUCUGUACAGCUUCAUCUUUGGCGUGAUCGUGCUGUGGGACAAGCCCUGGUUCUGGGAUGUGAAGAGCUGCUGGUACGGCUACCCGCAUCAGUCGAUCAGCAACGAUAUCUGGUGGUAUUACAUGAUUUCGAUGUCCUUCUACUGGUCCCUCACUGGCACCCAGUUCUUCGAUGUGAAACGCAAGGACUUCUGGCAGAUGUUCAUCCACCACAUGGUCACCCUGCUGCUGAUGUCCCUCAGCUGGGUGUGCAAUCUGCAUCGCGUCGGCUCCCUGGUCCUGGUCGUCCACGAUUGCGGCGACAUCUUCUUGGAGGCCGCCAAGCUCACCAAGUAUGCCAACUUCCAGAAGCUCUGCGAUGCCAUCUUUGCCAUUUUCACUGUGGUCUGGAUUGUGACGCGCCUGGGCUUCUAUCCACGCAUCAUCUACAGCUCAUCGGUGGAAGCACCGCGCAUUCUGCCCAUGUUCCCAGCCUACUACAUCUUCAACUCAUUGCUUCUGAUGCUGCUCGUCCUGCACGUCAUCUGGACAUACAUGAUUCUCAAGAUCGUUGUCGACUCUCUGCAGAAGGGUCUGAUGUCCGGUGACAUACGUUCCAGUGAUAGUGAGGAUCUCUCAGACAGUUCGGAGAAUGCAGCGCUGGCCAACGGAACGGCGCGCUCAAAGAACAAGUCGAACAGCGGUGCGCCCUCGGCCGGAGGAUCUGGAGGAGCAGCAGGUGGUGGUGCCACCCAGCGCAAGUCCAACAAUGCCAGCAAUCAUGCGACCGAGGCGGCAACGGCGGCCAAGUAGGCUGGAGUGCGGGUGACACGGGGCACGGAGUAGCCGGUGGCCACCAGUAGCCACCAGUAGCAGAGGCACAUUUUCCGAGGGGCAGGAGCAACAACAACAGCAAACAAACAAAAUCAACACACAACAUCCCCCCACACACAACACACACACACACAUACAAAAAACCAAACCAGUUC